CAGUGACUUAGACAGAGGGCUAGGUAGGAAGAAUAGAGAGAGAAACAGAAUUAUAUCUCAAAGCUAAUUUGGAUUUCUCUCCAGCUCACUCACUGGCCUCUCUCUCUCUCUCUCUCUCUCUCUGGUUCUUCCCAGAACCCAUUUGUCUGUUUAUGGGUAUUGAGCUCCUAAUCACAUACUCUCCAUUCAUCAUCUCUCAACACUGUUGCCUCCUUUAAGGGCAUCAGGCCCUGCAUUGUCUUCUCCUCCUUUUCCAUUACUACUUCAUUGAACCAGCACCAUCAUUAUUAUAACAUCUAAACCCCAUAAAUCAAAAUACAUUCUUUUAAGCAAACAAAAAUAAAGAAAACCAGAAAGAGCAUAACCAUCCAGAUGGGUCACUCUUCCACUCUCAUUCUCAGCUUUCUUUUUCUUCUUUUCACUUCCAGAGGUGCAUCUGGAGCUACAUUUACUUUUGUUAACAGAUGCGAGUACACAGUCUGGCCUGGCAUUCUCGCCAAUGCCGGCAGUCCAAGACUCGACAGCACUGGAUUCGAGCUCCCGAAGGACACUUCCCGUUCUUUUCAAGCCCCAACUGGUUGGUCCGGUCGUUUCUGGGCACGAACCGGUUGUAACUUUGACGACUCUGGAUCCGGAUUCUGUCUCACUGGCGACUGUGGUUCGGGUCAAGUAGAGUGUAACGGACUCGGAGCCGCCCCGCCUGCUACUCUAGCUGAGUUCACGCUUGGAACCGGUGGGCAGGACUUUUAUGACGUCAGUCUUGUAGAUGGGUACAAUCUACCCAUGGUUGUUGAUGGGAGUGGUGGGUCGGGUAUGUGCGCUUCUACCGGUUGCUCUGCGGAUCUGAACAGACAGUGUCCAGCAGAACUCAAGGUCGGCGAUGGUGAUGCGUGUAAGAGCGCGUGCGAAGCUUUUGGAAGUCCGGAAUACUGUUGCAGCGGCGCGUUUAACACACCCUCCACUUGUAAGCCGUCGGUUUAUUCAGAGAUGUUUAAGGCCGCCUGCCCUAGAUCGUAUAGCUAUGCGUAUGAUGAUGCUACUAGUACUUUCACGUGCACCGGAGCAGAUUAUACAGUGACGUUUUGCCCAUCUUCCUUAAGUAUUCUGUUAACAUGUGGGUUCUGCAGUCAGAAAUCGACAAGCUAUUCACCACCAAUGACAGGAUUAACCACGUCACCAAAUGAAGGGUCUGGAUCCGGAUCUGGGUCUGGGCUAGAGUAUUCGGGUACAGGUGCAUAUUCUGGUUCAGGUUCAGUUGCUGGAACUGCGUUCGGCGCCGGAUCGGGGUCUGGUUCUGGUUCUGGUUCAGGAGAAACAAUGCUAGCAGAUGGAUCUUGGUUAGCUGGUUUAGCUAUGGGGAACUCACACAAGACAGUUGCUCCUACUGCUCUGCAUUUUACUACGGCUAUUUUACUAGUGAUUUCUUGUUUUUACUUGUAGCAGUGAAGAGUAGAGUAAGAGAGACGUGUAUUUUUAAUUUUGUUGGUGGCUUUUCUUUCUAGUGUUUAAUGUGAAUUCUUUGCAGAUUUGCAGCCUCUAAAUCGGUGGGUGCUUGGAUUUUGCCUUUUGUUAGGAAAAGCUGACAGAUAUUCUCUUUCUCUUCCAUCCAGAUUGUAAAACACCCACUUUCACUUCCAAGAUUCCCUCUUUUCUCUAAAAUUUUCAAUGUUAUAUAUGUAAAAGAACAGUUGUUUCUAUAUUAUAAUUUUGUGUUUUUUACCUCUA